GCCUAGCGACGCGGCAGGCAGCAGUUAGCAUUUAGCGACGUGGGAGCUAAUCUGUAGCAAACUUUAGACAAAGUGGAGCCUGCCGUGUUUUGUUAGCUACAGUAGGACGCUCGAAGAAGUCCACGCGGUUUACAUGCUAAGGAAGCGGGUGAUGUUCGUGGACGUUGAGUGUACGAUUAGACGGGCUCAAGUUUGGACAGUCAUUGACACCUAAAAGCAUCUAAAAUAAAAACAAGAUGAUGCUAAUGCGCAAACCCUCUUUGCAGUGAUUUUUGCUGUUGUUGUCAUCAACAAAGGCCUACUUGUUGCUGCCCUUUUGGUUUGGCCUUUGGAGAGGACUUGCCAGACUUUCCUCUCGCCCGCACUGCAGCUCCACGUGUAUGGAAGCCUGAGUGCAGACCCCGAGGCUGGGCAGAGUCGGGUUACGCCGGUCCGUCAGAUGGCGUUCUGCUUGGCUGAGCUACACUUGUGGUCCACCAAGAGCUCCCUCCAAGUCCAAGACACAGAUAUUGGCACAUAUCAGUACUACGAUAAAGCAGAGCCAGCCAAUCGCCAGGAGCAUCACUAUUUCAACGAGAAAGUCCACUUCACUGAAGCUCGAGGCUACUCGUGGACCCCCGCCAACCGCCGUCCGGAGAGGCUCCGCGAUUCGCUGAAGGAGCUGGAGGAACUGUUACAGACCAACACCUGCGUUCACACCAGAUGGAGGAACACACACUGUUGCCAGGUUCUACUCAGCAGCGGCAUACUGGUGACCUUGACCCUCAGCGGACCCCAACUCGAGCAAGUGUGCAUCGACCGAGCGUUAGUGGGACGACUGCCCGGUGACGCCGUGACUGAUGCGGUGUUGGGAGACAAGCUGUUUGUGCUGUCCUUCCUGAAGCAAAGCCAAGUGGUCGCCAUCUACCUCAACAAGAAGAACCCGGACUCCUCCGCCAAUGCUGGGGGGGACGCGGACAAGCUCUCGCCCUCCAGAAUCAAGGUGACGAGCGUGGAGGUUGCAGGGUGGGCGCGUCGAAUCCACCAAGGCGUGGCUCUCAACCGGCAGGAGGACGUGGCGCUGUGCUGGUGGAGGUCCGGCGAGCACGAAGAGGAGCUGUGGCCCUGGACCCCCUUAAACAUGCACAGGAACAACCUGGUUCUGCUCGCCUGCUUGCCCUCAGAAGGUCUCAAGAUUGUGAGCUCAAUGCAGACAGAAGGUGAUCUUCUGGUUUGCACCUUCAGCAAUCUUCAUCCCUACCAGCUUCUGACCGUGGAAGCGCCCGCAGGACCCCAAGCCUCCAGAGAGGCGUCCUGGGCUAAAGCCUGCGUGUACGAAUACGCCAAAGGUCGCCUGCAGCGCCUGUCCGCCGCCCGCGUCCUGCUACCUUCUCAUCCUGUUUCCUGCUCACAUCACCCCAACGAAAACCUCCUCCUCCUGGGCCUCAGCGACUCCUCCCUGGUGCUCUACGACCAGCGUCGGGGGGUCUCCCUACAGGCCUCCUGCCCCGUGCCGCCCACCAUCCUGGCCUGGCAUCCGGCGGGAGCCUUGCUGGUGGCGACGGGGGCGGCCCAACAGGGCGAGCUGAUGUUCUUGGACGUGGGCCUGGCGCCCGUCAAGGUGGCGCUGGUGGCCGAGGAUGUGACCCCCGCCGCCACGCUCGUGCUGGGCCGGCACCUACGCUGCCCCGGACCCCUGGAGAGACUGCAGUGGGCCGCGGGUCCAGAAGGAGGCGCCGAUGAGCCGGAUACGAUGAUGCUCGCCUUCCACGGGGGACUGUUAGCGGUCUUGAAAUUACAACUGGGAGUCGUAAGCGGGUUCCGGCUGGAUCCGGUGCAGCUCCUCCAGCAGCGUCUGCACGGCGGUCAGGUGCAGGAGGCGCUGGGCGUGCUGGAGGCCAUGGACUGGAGCGCCGCCGCCGAGCAGUGUUGGCACGGCCUGAGCGCCGUCGCCAACCACCUGCUGAGGCUGCCUCUGGACGCCCGUACCGAGGAGCAACUAGAAGCCGCGUUGGCGACGUUUUACGCCCCGCCUGCGCCUCUUCCCGAUAACGUCACGGCAGACUACAAGGAGCCAGUCCACAAAUACGCCAGGCGCUUCUUCCACCACCUUCUCAGACAUGAGCGCUUGGAGAAGGCUUUCCUUCUCGCUGUUGAUUUGCAAGAUAAAGAUCUUUUCAUGGACCUCCAUUACGUGGCCGGCGAUAAGGGCGAGCUGGUGCUGGCGGCGGUGGCCAAGAGGAAGGCCCACCAAGUGGCGGAGUCGCACGACGGGCAGGAAAUAACCGCCGUGAUUAACCGGAAAGACGUUGAAGAAUGCUGUAAGAGAAAGGAACGGUGUGGACGCUUACAGCCUGACGGACAAGAGCCAAAGAACAACAGGCUCAUCACACUCAAACACUCCCAAACUAACACCGAAGCAAGGAAGAUGAACAAGGUCGCCUCAAUGUAACUGCUGCUGUGGAGUGGAAGUUUUUCACCUCGGAACCGUUUGACCUCAGUGACACGCCCACUUAGCUGCCGAUCAUUCACCAAUCAUUGUUAUCGAAAAAGGUGGAGUUCAGAGUGGUUCUUGCAAGCCACACUGAUGGCGCAGCAUCAGCACCAGCUGUUGCUCCAGUGUCUCGCUGUGAAAUCUUCAACUUUUCAUCCCAAUCGUGUUCUUCCACACCAAGCUCAUCCAGCUGUUCCUCUCGGGUCCUUGCUGUCUUGCUGUGCUUAUUAUGUUAAUGAGGCCCACCGUUUUGCCAAAGUGGCGCAGAAGGGCUCACUCAACAAACCGAUUUGGAGAAAUAAGCAGAUAGAUGAAGCUGCACUGGGUUGUUUAAUUUCACAACUGAUGGGUGGCCAGGCACUCCUAGAGACGUAACUACACUACUCGCCAAAAAAGUUAGGAGAAGCGGCAGUAAAACAGGCCAGAAUACAGAUGUUAUCAAUAAUCAACAGCGUUACGCCAUUGUAAGGUUUCAAACGGGAUGUUCAACGGAGAUACUGGAAGAGUCACAGAAAGGCAUAGAUGUAGACGUGCUUGGAAAUUUUCAAACACUUUGUUCGAGAAGCGCAAGUUGUGCAGAAAGUACUCAAACAGUGAGCAUUUGGACACUCAAAAGUUCAAAGGUCAAAUUAAGUUCACCUGAAAAGGUUAUCGUGCGUUUUAGGGUCACCCUGAAAUUUCACCCGAAAGCCCUAUUCACCUUUUUGUGAAUAGUGUAUUAAUUUUAUACAAGACGUUAACAAGCCAAUUUUCCAUAAUAUGUGUCCUUUGAAGAAAACAUCUUGAAAAUGUUCCAUUAAUUAUGAACUGUAACAUAUUUCCAUGGCUGAUAUUGAAUGUUCCUCAAGGUGUGUGUGUGUGUGUGUGUGUGUGUGUGCGCGCGCGUGUAUGAGAUUAAGGCCGGCAGUUUUAUUCAUGAACAGGAGCCGAGCGGCGACGUUAAAGCGUGGCACCUUUCCUGAGCAUCCGCCAUGCCGGUGUCAGAGCUGUCGACGCGGCGCGCUCGCCUGCCUAAUCUGACAGCGCCUAAUCCCUCACUGUAUCCUAAUCUAUUUACUUUGCAUUCUAAGAGGAUUUACACCCCCCUCCAAAAAAGAUAUACAAGGAGCCGUGGUUGGAAAUGGACAGAAGAUCAGCGAGGAUGCUUUUCUUUUUUGUUGUUUGUUUGUUUUGUGGCAAAAAAAAAAAAAAUGGGUGGGGGGGGGAGGGAUCGAGGUACGUUUUCCGCCGAGUCAAUCCGCCGCAUGAAAGGAUUCCAUUUUGGUGACUGAUACUAAUGCUUCUCUUAUGUACGCAUCCAGCACGCCGUGUUUGGCCUGUCACGCUGCCUUCACAUGGCGUCGUGUCCUGAUUGUUUGACCUGACAGCUGCAAAAAUUGCUUAACAGUCUCGGCUCCUCUCUGCGGAGGCCACACGCAGCAGACCUUUUGACACCCCCCCCCAAAAAAAGGUCUCCGCCCCAGUUGAUUGGCAGUCAAAGGGAGCGAAUAUUUUUUUUUAAAGUCCAAUUUACGAGAGAGCCGACUGAGUUUGUUUCCGAUUUUUGUUGUUGUUGUCUUGCGUUGCGAGUAAAAAAAAAAAAAAAAAUUGUGAGUUGAGCGCUCGCUAUGGCGGUAGUGGACUUCACAAGUAGCAGCUAGUUAACAAAUCUUAAAAAAAAUAAAAAAAGCGGUCAAGUUAAAGCUUACUGUAAAACAAAACAAAGAGAAUUACCCAUCUUGUAUUCGACCAAACCACUUUAACGUUGUUUUACGAAAGUCUGCUAGCCUAAUGCUAACACGCGAUGGAAAACAAAAAAUAAUAAUAAUAAUAACCUAACAGGUGAAUUUACAAAUAAUGCGUGAGUGGGAGGAGGACACUGGAUUUGUGUUCAGAUUGAAUGCAACGCACUGCUAUUAUUGUGACGUCACCUGCGUUAACAAAAAAUGAAUCCAUUGCAAUGGCCAACAGCUAAGAUGUUUGACAUGCUCUAUCAGGGCUAUUAACACACUGGUGGCCUUGUUAAUGUUUCCUAAUGAAGGCAGCCUGCAGCACUUUGCCGCAUCCUGGGAUUUAUCAGUGCUAAUGAUGGACCCGCCGCCCUCAGGGCCGCUUCGUCGUCUGUGUGAGCUCCGUGGCAUUAUGUACUUCAUUAGGUCAUUUCACGCAUGAAGCGUACGAUUUUGGGACGCUUUGGAUCUGUUUUUGCCAUGUUUGAUCUGUAGUUUGCUCUUUUAAAAGGUAAUUACCCAAUGGUGACGUGCUUGAGUUCGCGUUAAUGCAGUCUUUGGAAAAAGUCAUUUGAAUACGUGAAUAUCCAACUUUGUCUGCUCCAGGGUAAGUUCUGUAACGUAAUGCUAUGCUAUUGUUAGCCUUAGCCAGCCAAGCUAACGAAGCUAGCGACGUGCUCCUGGUCAAUUGUCAGCACUUUCACGAAGAUCACAAAUGGAAAAGUACUUUCUCAUUUAAUUUAAUGGCGCAACAUAUCGUUAGCCGAAUAGCAUAAUUGCCCAAGUCAUUUUUAACGAGAGAAAAAUGAACAAGAAAUUAUUUUGUGACAGUAAUAGAAAUGCCAUUAUGCUUUUAGGCUAUUUUAGGCUUUUUUGUUUUGUUUUUUUUCCUGAUUUCUUGUGUAUUUUUGUUUUCUUUUCUUCCCCCCUUAUUUUUAUGUCCCAACAUUUUGUGUUUUUCUUUCUUUUUUGCCCCAUUAGAUGUGAGCUGAGACCUAAUGCAAAUAGUUAUUUGUUGUACUUUUCUCAUUUUUUGUGUGUAGAAUAUUUUAGUUUUUUUAUUUUUACGGUUAAAUGUGGAUGUUCAUCACUGUCAAAUAAAUGUUUUGGGCUCAUCGUUGGUUGUGUUGGUCGUUUAGUUAAAAGACUAAUGAUGAUUUGGGGGAAACAAAUGUGCUUAUGGGUUCUUAAAAUACACCCAACAGCUGUAAAGGAGAAUAAACUCGUAUUCUUUUUAAUUAGUGGUCAUUUGGUUGCUCUUUUCAAUCAUUGAACAUGUAGUUAUGUUUGUUUUUCUAUCCUUGCACUAAAACAAACGAUUACGUGAGGUUUAAAAAGUGCACUUUUUCUGAGUGACUGCGAAUGUCCAUUUUGUGUCUGUUUCUACAUUUUUGAACAUCACUGACCUUUUGUGUCUCCAAGUGAAAAAGGAAAGAUGGCCCACACGUGAGACAGCCGUCCGGAGACGAUCUGGUCCGCCAACAGGAAAAUCCUGCCGACGCCCCGAGGCCAACGAGACUCACCUAAGCGCACCGUCCCCCGAGGGUGGGAACAAGUCGCGAUGACGUCCCGAGAGAUGAUUAUCCCGACAAUUCUCAACAUGCAGCGGGGCCUCGGUGGUCACGGCAGGUCGGACACGCCCGCAAACCGGGACCAGCGGGCACUGCACGGACGGAGGUCAAGAAGGAAGUGAAGGCACUUGGGGGUUUUAUCAACAUGGGAGAAGUCUGAAAUAACCACAAUGCUUGAACGCUACAUCUGCAUCUAGCUGUCGAGCUUUAAUUGUUAACAUUUACUGUUUAUUCCAGCCAGUGUACAUUGGAUUUAUAUAUAUAUAUAUAUAUAUAUAUAUGUGGGGUGUCUGUAGCCUACAUGGGCCUCUAGACCUCAUUUUGUACCUUAAUCUGACAUGGACGAGAGUCUGGAAAGAAGUCCGAAAUAACCACAACAAUUGAACAAAUUGUCAACAUUUUGAAUCUAUCAAAUGAGCAGUUGUAUAUCAAAAACGUUUUGGUGGCCAUUUAUUUCACAUCCAAUGGACUGUAUUUUCAUUUCAUUUAUAUAUAUCAGCCAGGAUCGGGACCAUAGGCUUUAGUCUGUGCUUUAAUUCAGCCUUCAGAAUGACAGUUUGAAGCCAACAUCAGUCAUAGAUAUUUUUAUAUACUGUUUUUUUUUUGUUUGUUUGUUUAGGUAGCCAUGCAGGUACACUACCCUACUCUAAAAGGUAUUAAACAAAUAAUUAUACUUGACUACAGAUUAUCUCUGGCGAAUGGAUAAUGUUUUCAUUAAAUUGAAUCAUAAAAGA